UCACCUAAACACGGAAAGGAACUUUCUUUGAGAGAGCACCUGAAGAUUGUCCAGAAUCAAACUUUCAGAGGCUGGGGUUAUAAACCACGUAUUCCCGUUUUAUUGGCACCUCUGGUGCAUCUGGUCACCAUGAAGCUGCUGUGUCCCACCCUUCCUGGCUGUUUCCUGCUGGCCUUGUUUAGCCUAUGGAGACCUGCUCUCCAGGUUCAGGCCUCUUCUGAGGCAGUUCCCCUGGUCAGCGCUGCAUCUUUCCUGGAGGACCUCAUGCAGCGCUACAGUAAGAAUGGCAGCCUCACCCUUCCACAGCUGAAGGACCUGCUCAACCACCUGGAUGUGGGAGUAGGCCGGGAGAAUGUCACUCAGCCUGAGCAGGGACACAGGAACUUGUCAAAGUGCUUCAGUUCUAGAGAUCUCUUUGCUGCCCACAAUUUCAGCCAACAGUCCCAGAUUGGGAUGACUGAGUUUCAGGAGUUCUGCCCCACCAUUCUCCAGCAGCUGGAUUCCCGGGCCUGUGCCUCUGAGAACCAAGAGAAUGAGGAGAAUGAGCAGACCAAAGAGGGCAAACCAAGUGCCAUUGAAGUGUGGGGAUACGGUCUCCUCUGUGUCACCGUCAUCUCCCUCUGCUCCCUCAUGGGGGCUAGCGUGGUGCCUUUCAUGAAGAAGACCUUUUACAAGAGGCUGCUGCUCUACUUCAUAGCUCUGGCGAUUGGAACCCUCUACUCCAACGCCCUCUUCCAGCUCAUCCCCGAGGCUUUUGGUUUCAACCCACUGAAAGAUGAUUAUGUCUCCAAGUCUGCGGUAGUAUUUGGGGGCUUCUACCUUUUCUUUUUCACAGAGAAGAUCUUGAAGAUGCUCCUUAAGCCAAAAAACGAGCAUCAUCAUGGACAUAACCAUUUCACAUCUGACACGCUUCCUUCCAAGAAGGACCAGGAAGAGGGUGUGACCGAGAAGCUGCAGAAUGGGGAUCUGGACCACAUGAUCCCUCAGCACUGCGACAGCGAGCUGGAUGGCAAGGACCCUGGGCUGGACGAGAAGGUCAUUGUAGGCUCACUCUCCGUGCAGGACCUGCAGGCAUCCCAAAGUGCCUGCUACUGGCUGAAAGGUGUUCGCUACUCUGAUAUUGGUACCCUGGCCUGGAUGAUCACCCUCAGUGAUGGCCUCCACAAUUUUAUUGACGGUCUGGCCAUCGGCGCCUCCUUCACCGUGUCCGUGUUUCAGGGCAUCAGCACCUCAGUGGCCAUUCUCUGUGAGGAGUUCCCACAUGAACUGGGAGACUUUGUCAUCCUGCUCAAUGCUGGCAUGAGCAUCCAGCAGGCUCUCUUCUUCAACUUCCUUUCUGCCUGCUGCUGCUAUGUGGGUCUGGCCUUUGGCAUCCUGGCCGGCAGCCACUUCUCUGCCAACUGGAUUUUUGCACUGGCAGGAGGCAUGUUCUUAUACAUAUCUCUGGCUGAUAUGUUUCCUGAGAUGAAUGAGGUCUGCCAGGAGGAUGAAAGGAAGGGCAGCGUCCUGAUCCCCUUUGCCAUCCAGAACCUGGGCCUGCUCACGGGCUUCACUAUCAUGUUGGUCCUCACUAAAUACGCAGAACAAAUCCAGAUCGGGUAGGACCCUGCCAGAAGUCAGUGGGAUUGCACGUCGGGCCGUGGGCUGCAUCUACUCCCCGGCCUGAGGACUCAGCAUCCACAAAACACCUGGAAGAGGCAGUUCCCUUAGAACUUGACUCAGACUGCCGGCCGUUGUUCAGAUGUCAGCUGUUUUAAAAUACUCUGUCUUAGGAAGAAGUUGCCCUGAUAACCAUUCUCUAGGUAGUGCCUAGCUUCCUCCUCUCACAAGGAUUCUAGAACCUGAAUGCCACGUACAGGACAAGCUUCCCUUUUCUCUCUGGCUACUCUGGCCUUUCUCUCUUAGAAGAAGCACCAAGAGAUUUUGAAUUUCAUACCAUGUAAAAAUGGAGCCCAUGGUCAUAGGUUGGUUAUAAAUACCAGGCGUUCAUACUCUGGGACCCAUCAAUCAAAAUGUACUCUCUGGACCUCAAGCUGGCUCAUUUUGAGAACAGGUUCUUCUAUUCUUAGAAUGAGCAAGAGACAGAAAUCCCUACCUUUCCCCAGUCUUUUCAUUGCCUCUAACUUCUGUCAAAGUGAACUAAAAGUCAGAGCACCUCAGCAGGGCAGGCAGAGAGAGGCAAGGAUCAGCCUGAGUGAGGAGGGAAAUAGUCUUGUAAUGUUCCUUUGUUCCCGCUGGAUGCUGGGUGUUGGUAAUGUGCAGUACCUGGCGCCUCAGGACUGUCAGGAGAGCUAAUGUGGAGGUUUACUUCCCUGGGUCACCUCUUCUGUUUUGGUUAAUUAACACUAACAGAAUGGAGAGGCAGAAGAUCCACAGAAAACAAUUGGUCUUGCAGUGAUUUCCACCUUCUCUUCCCAGUUUCCUUCUAAGACUUUAAUGCCUCCCUUAAAGCACAUUCUGAGCACAUUUGUUUGUAUUAGAGGGGGAGAUUGCACAAACUUCCUCCCCCUGGACACGUCUUCUGCUUUAGAAUAGCAAGCUGAAUUGAAGAACUGGGAUGCAGCAGUUUGUGCUUUACUAUGACAAAGGGUAAUCAGAGAUGGAAUCCGUGCAGGCAUAACUUAGGACUUGCUAAUCAUAUGAAUAAAAGUUUGAGUACUAAGGGAUUCGGGACUCUGGUCAAGAUAGUGAGUUAUGGCAUUGCAGGUGCCAUUGCUGUGAAUAGGAAUUAAAGGUACUGGCUAGGUUACCACUUCCUCCUUUGCUCCAAACAAGAAAAAAAAGGUGAACCCUGUAUUGAGUGCGAAUUGCUCUAAUUCUCUCCAGAAAACAGAUGGAUAUGCUUGUCUUUUAACACUAUAGACCAGCCUCAGGCACUGUGGCACCCUCCCUACUCCUCUCCCCCUUCUAUAACUCUGGCUUCCAGGGGAGCUCAUCUCCAGGUUCACUAGGUGAAUUGAUUUAUUAUUAUCAUAUUGAUAAUGUGGAUUCUUUAGCCACUUUGGGGAGCCAGUCUCUCCCGGAGCCUUUCUUAGUGGUGCCCACAGUUGCAGCCCAGGGGCCAUGUUCAUUCACAUGACCGACGAGUACUAGUUCAUUGCCAAUGUCAACUGUCCCAUUAGUAAUUAAAAGCAGCAUCUUUUUUUUUUCUUCUCCAUGGGAAACAGCCCUCUGCUAGGAAUAUUCCUGAAAUGAAGAUGAGUGAGAAAACUGGUUGUGAUACUUGCUAAAUGUCUCGCCCGUUGUUGCCUGUUGACUUGGAUAAGUUUUGAGACAAGGCUGAGGAAGGAGGAAAUUUCUAAAUCAAGAUUCUAGAUUGAAUGUCAGGACUGAAUCCUGGUAGGGUUGGGGUCUAGUUUUACCAAAGAAUUAAUUCCUUGAAUGUCAGAAUUUAACUUUUUAUAUUAUCAUUGUUGUUAUUGUUUAUAAUGAUUCUUUGUCUUUUCGGUUUUGUUUUUAAACUGCUUUCAGGAGGUGGCAGAAUAUAGCACUCUAGGGCUGGGUUGGAGCUAAGUGGUAGAGUGCUUGCCUAGUGUGCAUGAAAUCCUGGGUUCUAUCCCCAGCAUCACCAAAAAAAAAAAAGACUGGAAGGUUUUGCUUUACCUAGCUCACAUUGAUGUAUUAAAAUGUUAAUAUAACCAUUUUUCUUGAGUAGAAUAUGGAGUUAAGAGUUAGUGAGUUUUCUUCAUUUUGGAGAGAAGCUUAAAAUCUUUUAACAAGUUGAACAGUAAACAUGAAAUGACAGGGUGCGUGCCUUUUUUGUUUUUCUUUUUCUUUUGUGCACCUACAAUAAACAACCCAUGAACUUUGCUUUUACAGACAGCUAGCUGCCUCCAAGGGGAGCCCUCUUGAAAGGGCAUGGGUGCAGAGGCCAGCCCCAAUCAGAGCUUGGGAGGGAGGGGUGGACACGCUUGAGUCAGCAGGUAGCUGCCGUUGGCCACAGAUUUGCCCAUGAAUUGAAAACAUGGCAGUGUCUUUUUUUUUUCUUUUGUCUUUUAAAAGGUGGAUUUGCAGUUUCAAGCAUCUGUACAUAUUAGAAGUCUGAGACAGUGAGUUGUUCAGUGGACUUUUGUCCCCUGGUGUAACACCAUCAGUCUCUCUCUUUACAAUUGAACCAGCUUCCUGUCAACACAAGCAAGGACCCCUUAGCCGGCAAGAGGGUUCCAGUCUCAACCUCACUGCAUACCUCUCCUCUGUCCUUGUCCUCAAAGGCAUUUUGUGUCUAGUGUCCAUAUGGGACCAUUCUUCAAUGGUCCUUCAACUUGGGAUGAAAAAGACUUCUCUGUUUAGGUAGGCUAAGGUCUGUUUUUGGCAAGUCUUCUUCCAAAAGAAUUGAGUAAUAUUCUGGAAAUCUACUUUUUUAAGUAAUUUUUUUUUUGCAAGAGAGAGGUUAGGUUUUUAUUCAUAUUUCCUCUUUUACAGUUCUGC